CUACAUUUGACAACGGCAAAAGUGUUUCGCAUGCUAAGCGAAGAGUUAGUGUAAACUGGAAAGUAAAAUGCUAUUGAAAUACUUGGCAGUGUUGGCGUUAGUAUGCACGGCAGCUGUUGUCGACGCCGGUCUCAGUGAUGUGGACUACUGUAGUCCGGCCUAUAUGUGCAGUGGACGCAGCUAUAAGCAUGUUUUGGCUUGCAAUCAUACCGGAGCUUUCGAUGCACGCUGCCCACCGAAUGCCGAAAUGUUGCCUAUGACAGAGGAGUUUAAAAAUCUCUUUCUAGGCGAACACAAUAAAUAUCGCAAUGAGAUAGCGAAGGGUUUGACCUUCGAGCCGGCUGCAGCUAUGGCCACCUUGGAAUGGGAUGACGAGCUGGCAUACUUUGCCGAAUUCAAUGUAAAACAAUGUGGCAUUAUUUAUGAGGAUCAGAAAUGUUUCACGACGGCACGCUACAAUACGCUCGAUCAAAAUAUCGGUUGGUUAUUCGAGACCAAAUCGAAAUUCAAUCGCUCAAAAAUUUACAAUGAAAUUAAGGAGCAUAUUAGGGUCUAUUGGUAUGAGCAAUACCAACAUUGUACGCAGGCCGAAAUCGAUUCGUAUCAUCCACCACAGUUUGAAUUAAUUUUACAUUUUGGCAAAAUGGUUAUGGAUCGCAACAAUCGUGUUGGCUGCGCUGCUUCUCUCUACGAGAGUGCACAUGGCGUUAAUGUGCUCUUCACUUGCAAUUAUGCCCGUCGUUUAUUCUGCUACAAACCGAUAUACCGUUCGGGCGCUUAUCCAGGUUCUCACUGUCGAACUGGCAUGAAUCCACGCUAUCCAUUCUUGUGCUCAACCAAAGAGGAGUUCAAUCCAAAUGAUUAUAAAGUCUAAUUUUCUAUAAGUCAUCACAGGAAAAUAGUUCUGGUAUCAAAGUAAACUCAAAUAAAAAGUAUUACUACAAAUUAGAAAAA